AUGAAAGGUUUAAUUUUAGUAGGUGGUUACGGUACCAGAUUAAGACCAUUGACUUUGACUGUUCCAAAGCCAUUAGUCGAAUUCGGUAACAGACCAAUGAUUUUACAUCAAAUUGAAGCUUUAGCUUCUGCUGGUGUCACCGAUAUCGUCUUAGCAGUUAACUACAGACCAGAAGUUAUGGUCGAAACGUUACAAAAGUACGAAAAGGAAUACGGUGUCUCAAUCACUUUCUCCGUCGAAACUGAACCAUUAGGUACAGCUGGUCCAUUAAAAUUAGCUGAAAAAGUUUUGAAAAAAGAUAACUCUCCAUUCUUUGUCUUAAAUUCUGACGUCAUUUGUGAUUAUCCAUUCAGAGAAUUAGCUGAAUUUCACAACGCUCACGGUGGUAAAGGUACCAUUGUUGCUACUAAGGUUGAUGAACCUUCUAAAUACGGUGUCAUCGUCCAUGAUUUGGCCACUCCAAAUUUAAUUGAUAGAUUCGUUGAAAAACCAGUCGAAUUCGUUGGUAACAGAAUUAACGCCGGUUUAUACAUCUUAAACCCAGAAGUCAUCGAUUUAAUCGAAAUGAAACCAACUUCUAUCGAAAAGGAAACUUUCCCAAUCCUUGUCGAACAAAAAUCCUUAUACUCCUUCGAUUUAGAAGGUUUCUGGAUGGAUGUCGGUCAACCAAAAGAUUUCUUAUCGGGUACCGUACUAUACUUAAACUCUUUAGCUAAGAAAAAUUCCGAUAAAUUAGUUAAAGGUUCAAACAUUGUCGGUAACGUCAUGAUCGACCCAACCGCCAAGAUUUCUCCAAAUGCUAAAAUCGGUCCAGAUGCUGUCAUUGGUCCAAACUGUAUUAUCGGUGAUGGUGCCAGAAUAACUAGAUCCGUCAUCUUAGCUAACUCCACCGUCAAAGACCACUCUUUAGUCAAAUCCACCAUCGUCGGCUGGAACUCUACCGUCGGUAAAUGGUGUCGUCUAGAAGGUGUCACUGUCUUAGGUGACGAUGUCGAAGUCAAGGAUGAAAUUUACGUAAACGGUGGUAAGGUCUUACCUCACAAAUCUAUUUCUGCUAACGUUCCACAAGAAGCUAUUAUUAUGUAG